AUGCCCCCGACAUUUAGGUCCUCUCGUUCAGGGCGUCAAUUUGGCGAGGGCGCCAACCGUACCAGAACCGGCCAGAUCGAUCACGAUGUCUUUGAGGGACUCCCCGUCCGACGAUGGACGCGUCAGGUCCAGACCAUAUCGCAAGAACCCAAAACGGAGGGAACAGAACCAGUCCAGCCUGGCCCCGGUGGAAAGCAAGCUGCUCCUGAACGUCCAAUGCCCAGAGAUAGCCAUCUCCUCACGCCCAUGAGUCGAGCGCUUCUCCGUGCUGCCCGCUCCGGAUGCAUAUACAUUCGUCAAGCUUCGAAGGACUCUGAGGAUGAUGAAAAGGAAGCUACGGAUGCUGAUGAACAGCAGGCGGCGCCAAGCACGGAGCGUAGCUUUGCCAUGCGCAAAUGGUCUACGGUCCCCAAACACUUAGAAGCUCCAGAAGUGGAAUUUCUCGCGAAAAGACGGCCGGGUCUGGUGUCGUUAUACGGUUCGACAGCUGGGACUGUAGAUGGGGCUAAUGGUUCGGCCCCGAUGAGGAAAACCCGAUUCAAGAAGAUUGAUCCUGUCACGGGGAAUAUUUCGAUCUACGCGGCUUGGGUGCCAGAGGGACACAAGAUUGAAGGUGAAGUUACCGAUGAGGCUCAGGUGAUCGCCGAAAACAGCAAAGUAACUGUGACUCCUGAGGCACCUGCACCGGGCACUGUCAUUGAAGGCGUUGGCGUGGUCAACGCGCAAGGAGUGGUGGUCGCCGAGGCUGGUUCGGUGUCCGUUAUCACUCCUCCAAAAAGGCGACCGCCUCCGCCUAAGCGCAAGGCGAAGGGCUUUGGAAAGGGUCGAAGGAAGAAGGUCAUGUUUGCUCCAGGUGAUGGCGCUGACGCAUCGCUCGUACACGGAGCCAACGAUGUUCAUGGUUCGAAGGAAACAGAUCCUUCACGAAUGUCGGCUGAUCAAACAGCCCAAGAUGAUGAGGAAGAUGAUGGCGAAGAAGGUGAGGAGAGCGAUGAUGGCGACGGCGACGGCGACGGCGAGGGUGAGGGAGAUGUGGAUGGAGAUGGAGAUGGAGAUGGGGAUGGAGAUGGAGAUGGGGAUGGGGAUGGGGAAGGAGACGAAUCCGGCUUUGAUACGAAGACCCCGGAGACCCCAGGUCGACAACCUAAUACUAAACCCGAACCAGAGCCCACACCUGGGCCUACGAGCGAUGCAGUACCUGCAGAAAUCGGCACUGAGUCACAGCCUCGUCCAAUUCCAGAAUCAUCAUCCGCUACUGUAACAGAAGCCACAGCUCUUUCGGCUAAGCCACCCGCUACUGAACAAUCACAGCAGGCGCCCGCGGAGGAAACGAGCUCUGUGCCUCCAAAGAAGCAGACUGGGUCAACUAGUGCAAUGCCUGCGACAGAAGAGGAUGUUGAGAUGACGGAUGAUGUCCUCCACGAGCCUCCCAAGCCCGUAGAAGUAAGCGGUGCAUUCUCUCCGCUGCCAAAGUCGGACACUCAGCAACAGCCGGCUCCAGAAACGGCCAAGCCUACUCAAAAGACUCCUUCACCCCCUCAGGAGGUUGUGCAGUCUCUAGCGCCUGGAUCUUCAAAGUCUGUGAUCGAUAAUGCAGAUAAGUCGGCUGUGGAACAACCGGAGCCCAUGGACAUCGUUAUGAAAGAGCCAAGUGAGCCGGCCGUCGAAGAUGAUGUUGUGAAUAUGGAUACUUCGGCAGAUGUCCCGCAACCUCCACAAGAACCAGCCCCAGAGGAGGAGGAGGAGGAGGAGGAGGAGGAGGCUGCUACCGUCCAAAAGCAAGAACCACAGACUAACGGGCGCAAUAAUGUUGAUCUCUUAGGUAGUCUAGAAGCGAGCUUGGGUGACAAACCUGAAGACGCUCAGAGUGAUAAGCAGAAAGAAGCCAUUACCACUCACGAAACAACAACGGGGGCUACACCAGCUGUACCCGUUCAAUCUCCUUUGAAAACACCAGCAGAGGCACCAACGGCCGACAUUAAGGUGCCUUCUCCAGAACAAAUCGCACCACCUAUCGAAGCACUGACACCCUCAGAGCCCCAGCCGGAGCGAGAGCCAACCAUCCACCAAGCACUAGAAUCCCCAGCCACAGAGCAGCCUCCACCAUCUACCGAAGAACAGCAACCAGAACCAGAACCUUCUGCGCGGGAACAACCACAGCCACUUGGUGAGCCGUCCAAGGAAAGCAUUCAGGGGACCCCUGAGCAACCAGAGGCAACCCCCGAAUCGGUAGCAGAGCAGCCCACCACAGGCCCUGUUGCAGAACCUCCAGACACAGAAUCCCCAGUUGAGCAACCGGGGGAAUCUCAUCGUCCCAAAGGAGCUGCUGCUACAUCCUCACCACCUGAAGAGCCCCAGCCCGAGUAA